CCAGAGAAACAGAAACCCAUAUCUAUUUUCCAUAGACCACAAAGUCCAAUUCUUCGAGAGAGAGAGAGAGAGAGAGAGAGAGAGAGAGAGUUGUGAAGAAAUCUUCGUGGAACAUCUAUGGAGGAUUUUCAGAGCUUGGAUUGAAGUAGUCACUUGAGCUCCACCAGAGAGAAUUUAAGUAGUUGGCUGACCGGUUGGAGUAGAGAAGCAGAUAGAAGGUCAGUAAGAAAAGAAGAUGAGAAAGCACACAGAAAGAAUUGUGAGCUUGUUCAAUGAAGGAUUUGUGCUUCGUCACCAUUUUUUGAAUCGGGACAAGGGUCUUCGGGCAAGAUCAAUAACCAUUCUCUUCAUCUUCACCGUCGUCCUCAUCGGCCUCUGUAGUGCUGCUCUCUGGGUCGAUACUUGUGGCCCAGGUGGUUCCAAUUUUAUGAUGAAGGCAAUCAAAACAAUGCGAGGCGGCGAAACACCAAAACAUAAUAGAAGUCCUCAACAUGGAACUGAAACUAAACUUCCAGUACUCAACUGCUCGGCCGGAAACAUGACACGAACUUGCCCGGCAACCUCACCUGUGACAUUUCAGGCCGUCGACGGCGAAAACAACACCGGAACUUCCGUGUGCCCCGAAUAUUUCAGAUGGAUACACGAGGAUCUAAAGCCAUGGAAGGAGAAGGGUAUACGUAUAUCAAAGGAGAUGGUGGAGAGAGCAAGGAAGACAGCAAAAUUUAGGUUGGUGAUAGUGAACGGAAGAGCUUACGUAGAGAAAUACAGGAAAGCCAUACAAACCAGAGACGUGAUUACGUUGUGGGGAAUUCUACAGCUCCUGAGAAGGUAUCCAGGUCGGCUACCUGAUUUGGAUCUCAUGUUUGACUGUCAUGACCGGCCUGUCAUUCGAGCUCGCCGUUAUAGGGAUAAGGGUCCUAAUGCUACAGUUCCACCUCCACUCUUUCGUUACUGUGGGGAUCCAGGGACACUGGAUAUCGUCUUCCCUGAUUGGUCCUUUUGGGGUAGGCACGAGAUCAACAUAAAACCAUGGGAUGCAACUUUGAAGGAAUUGAAAGAUGGGAAUAAGAGGAGCAAAUGGAUUGAUAGGGAACCUUAUGCAUAUUGGAAAGGGAACCCAUUUGUAGCUCCAACGAGAAAAGAUCUCAUGAAAUGUAAUGUAUCCGAAAAAGAUGACUGGAACGCUCGCCUCUAUACCCAGGAUUGGAUCCUUGAAUCUCAAAAAGGUUACAAGCAGUCAGAUCUGUCUAAGCAAUGCAUUCACAGAUAUAAGAUUUACAUCGAAGGAUGGGCUUGGUCUGUUAGUGAGAAAUACAUCUUAGCCUGUGAUUCUCUCACUCUGAUGGUAAAGCCUAAAUUCUACACCUUCUUCUCAAGAGGUAUGCUUCCUAUGCGUCACUACUGGCCAGUAAGGGACGAUGACAAAUGCAGAUCCCUUAAGUUCGCCGUGGAAUGGGGAAACAACCACACUAAAGAGGCAGAAGACAUUGGGAAGGCAUGGAGCAAGUUCAUACAAGAGGAGAUGAAGAUGGAUUAUGUGUAUGAUUACAUGUUUCAUCUAUUGAAUGAAUACUCUAAGGUCUUAAAAUACAAACCCACUGUACCAGAAAAAGCCAUAGAAUUAUGUUCAGAGAAUAUGGCAUGUCCUGCAACAGGAAGAGAGAAGGAGUUCAUGAUGGAAUCCAUGGUGAAGUUUCCAGCAGAGACAAGCCCAUGCAAUAUGCCUUCUCCCUUUGAUCCUCAAGAGCUUCAAACCUACUUUAAGACAAAGUCCACUUCGAUAAAUCAAGUGGAGGAAUGGGAGAAAACCUACUGGGAAAAUCAAAACAUACAAAAAGUGCUCCAUCAUAACCUCUCACAUUGGGUUGACGUGAAAGAUUCCUCUCACAUUGAUCGCAAUGGAUAUAUUUAACACUACUUUUAAUGAAAAUCAAUUUUUAUUACAUAUUUA